AUGUCUUCGGUUAAAGUGGCUGUUCGAGUACGACCAUUCAACCAAAGAGAAAUAUCGAACGCCUCGAAAUGCGUCCUUCAAGUGAAUGGAAAUACGACGACAAUCAACGGUCAUGCAAUUAACAAGGAGAACUUCAGUUUCAAUUUUGACCACUCUUACUGGUCCUUCACAAAGAAUGAUCCACAUUUCAUUUCGCAGAAGCAAGUGUAUGAAGAGCUUGGAGUGGAGAUGCUUGCACAUGCAUUUGAGGGGUAUAAUGUCUGUAUAUUUGCAUAUGGACAAACUGGGUCUGGAAAGUCUUACACCAUGAUGGGAAAAGCAAAUGAUAAAGAGGAAAUGGGUAUUAUUCCUCGUUUGUGUGAUGAUUUAUUUGAAAGAAUUGAUAAUAACAAUGACAAGAAUGUACAAUAUUCUGUGGAGGUAUCUUAUAUGGAAAUCUAUUGUGAAAGGGUCAAAGAUCUUCUGAAUCCCAGCUCUGGAGGCAAUCUUCGGGUUCGUGAACAUCCUCUUCUUGGUCCAUAUGUCGAUGAUUUAACGAAAAUGGCAGUGUGUUCGUACAAUGACAUUUGCAAUCUGAUGGACGAAGGAAACAAAGCGAGAACUGUUGCUGCUACAAACAUGAACUCCACUUCAUCAAGAUCUCAUGCCGUGUUCACAAUCGUUCUCACUCAAAAGAAACAUUGCAGUGAUACCAACUUGGAUACUGAAAAAGUUUCCAAAAUUUCUUUAGUUGAUUUGGCAGGAUCCGAAAGAGCGAAUUCGACUGGAGCAGAGGGUCAGAGACUAAAAGAAGGAGCCAAUAUUAACAAAAGUUUGACAACUUUGGGACUUGUCAUCAGUAAACUCGCAGAAGAAGCUGGAAACAAAAAAAAGAGAGCAAAAGGAGUAGUUCCAUAUCGUGAUUCUGUGCUGACGUGGCUUCUCAGAGAGAAUUUGGGAGGAAAUUCAAAAACUGCAAUGCUUGCUGCACUCUCUCCAGCUGAUAUCAAUUUUGAUGAGACGUUGAGUACUUUGAGAUACGCUGAUCGAGCGAAACAAAUUGUUUGCCAAGCCGUUGUUAAUGAGGAUCCAAAUGCGAAACUCAUUCGAGAACUGAAAGAAGAAGUCAACAAAUUACGUCACAUACUGGAUGAAAAGGGAAUCGACGUGGCAGAUGUACAGGAUACUCCUGGAAGACCGAAUAAGGGACCAAAGUUAUCUGCACAAGUACACAAUACAAUAGAACAAUUACAAGCAUCUGAGAAAUUGAUAGCUGAAUUGGAUAAGACUUGGGAACAGAAAUUGGUCAAAACAGAAGAAAUCAGAAAACAAAGAGAAGAGGAACUUCGAGAAAUGGGUCUGGCCUGUUUGGAUGAUGGAACUACGUUGGGUGUAUUCAGUCCGAAGAAGUUACCACACUUGGUGAACUUGAAUGAGGAUCCAUUGAUGUCAGAAUGUCUCAUUUAUUAUUUGAAAGAAGGAGUUACGAGUGUUGGUCGUCCUGAAGCAGAACACCGUCCAGAUAUUCUCUUAUCAGGAGAAGCAAUUCUGGAUUUACAUUGUGAAUUCAUAAAUGAAGAUGGAAAUGUUACUUUGGCAAUGCAGCCGGAUGCAUCUGUUUAUAUCAAUGGAAAACAAGUGAAAACACCUACCGUAAUGCAUACAGGAUCCAGAGUUAUCCUCGGAGAACAUCACGUUUUUCGGUACAAUGAUCCUCAGGAAGCAAGACAGAGUAGACAUAAUUUGGCAGCAAUUACAGCAGAACAACCAAUUGAUUGGAAAUAUGCUCAACAAGAACUUUUGGAGAAGCAAGGAAUUGAUUUGAAAGCAGAUAUGGAGAAGAAAUUAUUGGAAAUGGAGUCACAAUACAGAAAAGAAAAAGUGGAAUUGGAGAAGAAAAUGUAUUUGCAAACGAAGGAAUACGAAACAUUGAUCGAAAGCCUUCAGAGACAAGUGGAUUUAGCUCAAUCUGUUAUUUCAAGUGGUGGUUCAAUCUGGGAAGGAGAACGAAUGUUGACGUCUUCUUUGAUGGAAUUCCCGGAAGAAUUGAAAUGGACAUCAGAUCAAAAAAGAGUGGUUCGGAAGGCAGCAAUCAAAUGGAGAUAUCAUCAGUUCACUUCAGUUCGUGAUGAUCUUUGGGGCAAUGCAAUAUUUGUGAAAGAAGCGAAUGCAAUUUCUGUUGAAUUGAAGAAGAAAGUUCAAUUCCAAUUUGCUCUUUUGACGGACACAAUGUAUAGUCCUCUUCCACCUGAUCUCCUGCCACCUGGAGAGGAUCUUACACUCCGCCCGUAUCCAAAAACUGUCGUGGCAAUUCAAGUUCAAGAUCUCAAGAAUGGAGCAACUCACUAUUGGAGCAUUGAGAAACUCAAGCAACGCCUCGAAGACAUGAGAAUCUUCUACAAUUCGGAGUUAUCUGUUGCUGGAACACCAGUCGAAUGCCCGUAUCCACCAGUUGCUUCAGAAGGAUGGCUAGCUGCUUUGCACUUCAAUCCGACACGUCUUAUACCUGACAGACAACGACUUGAAGCAAUGCGAGAUAUGUAUGAAACUGAUGUGCAAAUGUCGCCAACUGACGGAGAUCCAAUGAUGGAUGCACUGAUGGGAACUGAUCCAUUUUAUGAUAGAUUCCCUUGGUUUAGAAUGGUUGGAAGAGCAUUCGUUUACUUGAAUAACCUGCUUCAUAAUGUUCCAUUGAUUCAUAAAGUUGCAGUUGUUAAUGAGAAAGGAGAAGUUAAAGGAUAUCUGAAAGUUGCCAUUGAACCAGUCCAAAAAGAUGAAGUCCAAAAUCAAAAGAAGGGAGUUCGUCAGACGGCGAAACUUCAUUUCCGAAAGGAAGACUUUUUGAAGACCCAUAAAAACGGAGAGACUGAUGAAUCAAGUGACUUAGCAUUCCCAGAUCAUAUGCCAGAAGAAAUUGAAUUCUGCUUCCGCGUUGUUGUCCUCCAGGCAAUCGACGUGGCAGACGCAUAUUCAGAUGUUUUCUGUCAGUUCAAUUUCCUCCAUCGUCAUGACGAGGCAUUCUCCACUGAGCCAAUGAAAAAUUCGAAGUCUCCAUUGACAUUCGAACACACUCAGAAUCUUCACAUCAAAAUGAGCAAGACAUUCCUUCAUUACCUCCAUCAUUUUCCUAUUAUCUUUGAGGUAUUUGGACAUUUCCAACCAAAGAAAGAGCAGUUUAACUUUGAAAGACAAAACAGUGCAUUGGGAAGACGAUUGAGCACGAAGCUGACAUUCCAACAGCCAAGUCUUGUGAUUUCAACUCCAGUCAAGAGUAAGAAGGCGAAUGCACCGAUUCAUAAUAACACUGCCUCCGUAAAAUCAAAACAUGACCUCCUCGUUUGGUUCGAAAUCUGUGAAUUGGCCAAUAAUGGAGAGUACGUGCCAACAAUUGUCGACCAUGCUCAAGGACUUCCAACACAUGGCAUAUUCUUACUUCAUCAGGGAAUUCAACGAAGAAUUAAAAUCACAAUUUGUCAUGAAAAAGGAGAAUUGAAGUGGAAAGACUGCCAGGAACUCGUCGUCGGACGUAUCCGUGCCGGACCAGAAUGGGCUGGAGGAGAUGACGUGGAUGUGUUGUCACUUGGAUUGUUCCCUGGAACUUUUAUGGAGUUUUCAAUGGAUGAUCGAACAUUCUUCCAAUUUGAAGCUGCUUGGGAUUCAUCUCUCCAUAAUUCUCCGCUUCUCAACAGAGUUUCCAAUUAUGGAGAUCAAAUCUACAUGACACUUUCUGCUUAUAUGGAAUUAGAUGGGUGUGCUCAGCCAGCUGUAAUUACGAAGGACUUGUGUCUUUUGAUCUACGCAAGAGACUCCAAAAUCUCAGCAGCAAGUCGUUUCUGUCGAUCACUGAUUGGUGGAAUCUCGAAGUCUCCGGAGAUGAAUCGAGUGCCUGGAGUCUAUCAGUUGUGCCUGAAGGAUGGAUCGGACUCAGGUAGUCCAGGAGCAAUUCGUCGUCAACGCCGGGUUCUUGAUACCUCUUCCGCAUAUGUCAGAGGAGAAGAGAAUCUGGGUCAAUGGAGGCCACGUGGAGAUUCAUUGAUAUUCGAACACCAAUGGGAACUAGAGAAAUUGACAAGAUUACAACAAGUUGAAAGAGUUCGUCUUUUCUUGAGACUUCGUGAUCGUCUGAAGGGAAAAAAAAACAAGGGCGAAGCCAGAACUCCAGUUAGUCCAUGUGAUCCAGUUUGUGCGAUUCCGGAAAGUGUCAAAUUGGAUGAAAAGGAGAAAGGAAUCGUCGGAAAAGUAUUGGGACUGAUCAAGAGAAGAAUUCCAAUGAACAAAGAUCCUCCGACUGGAAACAAAGCACAGGAAUUGAGUGAUGAGAGUGGAUCGAAUAGUAUCACAUCUCCAACUUCUGAUAAAUCCCUGAUCAAAUCAUCUCAAUCUUCCGAUCUUCUAUGCCGUCAAAAAUCGAAAUCUGAUCAGAAUCUCGCUUCGAAUGAUGAUAUUCUUGAUAGCAUCGGAGGAAUGAAACGAAGUUUGAGUGGUUCCAGAAUCCUUCAACUCAAUAUUCUGGUGCCAGAAGUUCUCGAAGAAAGAGUCGGAGUCGUUGUUUCCAAGAAGGGAUACAUGAACUUUUUGGAAGAGAAAACGCAAGGAUGGACUCGUCGAUGGGUUGUCGUCCGUCGUCCGUAUAUUCUCUUGUUCCGUGAUGAUCGAGAUCUUGUCAUUCGAGGAAUCAUCAACUUGGCAAAUGCGAGAAUCGAGCAUUCUGAAGAUCUGCAAGCGAUGGUUAAAGUUCCGAAUACAUUCAGUGUUUGCACAAAUCAACGUGGAUUCUUGAUGCAGAUGAUGCCAGGAGAUGAGAUGUAUGACUGGUUGUAUGCAAUAAAUCCAUUGAUGGCUGGACAAAUGAAAUUACACGGAAAUCAGAAUGGAACAACAUUGAAAUCACCAUCACCUUCUUCCACAACCAUCGCCCCAUAG